CUUCUCCUCUCUCUCUCUCUGCGCUUUAUUUUCUGUCUUUCCACUUGCAGAACACCUGCUUUCCCCCCUCCAUUCACCUAAGCUCUAACUUUCUCUCUCCACUCUCCACUCUCCACUCUCCAAACUCAGGAAACCAUGUAUCGUCGUUUCGCUGCCAAUCUUGCUUCCAAAGCUUCCUGUAGGAUUGCUAGGAACAGUGCUCAGUAGGGGUUCAGAUUGGUAGUAGGUUCGCUUGGAUCAGAAGAAACUAUGCCGUGAAAGAUAUAAAAUUCGGUGUUGAGGCGCGAGCUUUGAUGCUUAAAGGUGUUGAAGAUCUCGCCGAUGCAGUUAAAGCGACAAUGGGGCCCAAAGGCCGCAAUGUGGCUUUGGAACAGAGUUUUGGGGUCCUUAAAGUAACAAACAAUGGUGUCACUGUGGGAAAGAUCAUUGAGUUCAAAGACAGAUUCAAGAACAUUGGUGCUAGCCUGGUAAAGCAGGUUGGUACCACUUAUGCAACAAUCCUCACUCAUGCCAUAUGUUCAGAGGGUUGCAAGUCAGUGGCAGCUGGAAUGAAUGCCAUGGACUUGAGGCGUGGCAUCUCAAUGGCUGUUGAUGGCGUGGUGACAAACUUGAAAAGCAGGGCAUGGAUGAUCAGCACAUCUGAAGAAAUAGCACAGGUUGGCACAAUAUCAGCAAAUGGGGAAAGAGAGAUUGGUGAGCUUAUAGCCAAGGCUAUGGAGAAAGUUCACAAAGAGGGGGUUAUUACCAUUUCUGAAUUAGAAUAUCCACUUAUUUUAAUUCCCGAGAAGAAAAUCUCAAGCUUAAAUGCUGUGGUGAAAGUGCUUGAGCUGGGCACUGAAGAAGCAAAGGUCUUGCUGAUUGUUGCUGAAGACGUGGAAAGUGAAGUCUUGGCGACUCUCAUUCUCAACAAGCUUCAAGCCAGAAUCAAGGUUUGUGCCAUCAAAGCCCCUGGUUUAGGAGAAAAGAGGAAUGCCAACUUGGAGGACCUUGCCAUCCUCACAGGACACUUGCUAGGUUACGGUACUGUUAUCCUUGUUGGGGCUGGUGCAAGAAAGCCAUUGAAGAAAGAUGUGAGCAAGUCUGUACCAUCAUUCUCUCACACUGUUUCUCUCAAGAAAUCCAUAUGA